AUGACUGGUAUGACUUUGUUUUAUUUUGCCCGUACAACCAUUGGAAUAAGUAUGAUUUGUAUGUUAAAUUCUACCUCUUUUCAAAAUGAAUCUAUUACUAAACAUGAAAUACCAAAAAAAUGUCAAUAUAUAUUUAAUAAUACAAUACAAAAAUCAAAAAUAUAUGAAGGUACUAUUAAUUGGAAUCAAGAUGUACAAAAUUCUAUUAUAUCAGCAAAUUAUUGGGGAUCGCUUUUAACAAUAUUUUUUGCUGGUAUUAUAGUUGAUAAAACAUCUCCAAAAAAAACUAUUAUAUUAUCAGCAAGUAUAUUAUUAAUAACAACUGCUUUAUUUCCAAUUCUUACUAUUUAUUGGGAUUAUAAUUUAGUUAUUAUUUCACGUUUUAUAUUUGGUAUUGGUGAUGCAUUUUGGGCUCCAUCAUUUAAUCAUAUAUUAUCAAAUUGGAUACCAUUAAAUGAAAAAAGUUUGGCUGUAGGUAUUUAUACUAGUGGUGUACAAAUUGCUAUAUUAUUAGGAAAUCCUAUAUCAGCAUUAUUUUGUAAUAGUUUCUAUAGUUGGCCGGGUACAUUUUAUUUUUGUGCUACAUUAAUACUAAUAUUUAUUAUUAUUUGGAUAAUAUUAAUACAAAAUAGUUUUGAUAAUGAUAAAUGGUUAACAAAAAAUGAACAUACAUAUUUAUUAAGAAAUAUGUCAAAAAAUGAAACAAAUAAUAAAGAAAAACAUAUUAAAAUAUUAUGGUUAAAUAUUGUUACUUCAUUACCAUUAUUAUCAAUAAUGAUUUGUAGAAUUAGUGAAAUGAUAUAUAUUGUUUUUUCAACAACAUUUUUUCCCUUAUAUUUACGUGAUACAUUAUAUAUUAAUAUAAUAAAUAAUGGUAUUUAUAGUGCAGCACCAUUUACAGCUCAGAUAAUUUCUAAAAUAACAAUUGGUGCAAUUAUUGGAAAAUUACAAAGAAAAAAAAUUUUAACAUCUACUCAAAGUGUAAAAAUUUGUCAAUUUAUUAGUGGUAUUGGAGUAUUAGUUGGUUUAUUCAUUGCUCCUUAUAUAAAUGAUUGUACAAAUCAUUUUCCAAUUGUUAUAUGUUUUUCAUUUAUUCUUUUCUUUUUUGGUAUAUCAGCUAAUGGAUUUUUUACUAGUAUUUAUAUUCUUUCACCACCAUUAAUAACUACUAUUACAUCUCUUAAUUUAUUUGUUGGUGUUCUUGGAGCUGGUUCAACAUCAUAUAUUAUAAGUUAUUUAAAAAGUUUAGAUAAAUAUAAUGGAUGGAAUAAUGUUUUACGAUUCAUUGGAAUUAUAUGGUUUUUAACAUCUUUCUUUUUUACAAUAUUUGGUUCUGGUGAAAAACAAAAUUGGAUUGAAGAAAGAUCAAAAGAUAAAUAUGAAAAUAAUACAUUGUUAAAUAAAAAAAUUAUUAAUAAUAAAAAUGAUGAAAAAUAA